UGACUCGCGCCACCGCCUCUCCCGAGGGCGCGUCCUGAGCAGGAUGUCAGACAAGCUCAAGGAACGCAAAGUGAGUCGGCUGAGCCCAGACGCCCUAUGCGCCCCGAUGGUGGGGGCGUCUGACUCCCGGAGCCGCCACCUGGCUGGACCGACGGCAGGGACGUGGCACACGGGACUCUCGUGCGGAGAAUGCUUACGUGGGCAACACUAUCCUAAACGUACAAACCUCUGUUCGCAGAGAACCCCCGUUUCCCACAAAGUGAUAGAAAAGCGGAGGAGGGACCGGAUUAACCGCUGCUUGAACGAGCUGGGCAAGACGGUGCCCAUGGCCCUGGCGAAGCAGGCGCUGGGGACCCUCCGCUGCCACGCUCGCCCCAGGCGGACCUCGCGCGGAUCCACCCCGGCGCCCUGCCAGCCGCUCCGGAUUGAGCCGUGCACCCAGCCUGGUGGGUCGCUGGGUCCCUGCGAGGAGCUCUCCCUCCUUUUGCAGAGUUCCGGGAAGCUGGAGAAGGCGGAGAUCCUCGAGAUGACCGUUCAGUACCUGAGAGCCCUGCACUCCGCUGAUUUUCCCCGGGGAAGGGAAAAAGAACUGCUAGCCGAGUUUGCCAACUACUUCCACUACGGCUACCACGAGUGCAUGAAGAACCUGGUGCAUUAUCUCACCACCGUGGAGCGGAUGGAGACCAAGGACACGAAGUACGCGCGCAUCCUCGCUUUCCUGCAGUCCAAGGCCCGCUUGGGCGCCGAGCCCGCCUUCCAGCCGCUGGGUUCGCUCCCGGAGGCGGAUUUCUCCUAUCAGCUGCACCCUGCGGGGGCCGAGCUCUCGGGCCACAGCCCCGGGGAGGCCUCCGUUUUCCCGCAGGGCGCCGCCCCCGGGCCCUUCCCCUGGCCGCACGGCGCUGCCCGCAGCCCGGCGCUGCCCUACCUGCCCGGCGCGCCCGUGCCGCUCCCGAGCCCCGCGCAGCAGCACAGCCCCUUCCUGACGCCCGUGCAGGGCCUGGACCGGCACUACCUCAACCUGAUCGGCCACGCCCACCCCAACGCCCUCAACCUGCACCCGCCCCAGCACCCCCAGGUGCUCUGACUCCGCCUCGCCCGCCGGGUUUUUCCGCGCGCCCGGCGCUGCGUAGGAGAAAUGCUGUAUAUUGCACAGGUGUAAAUAGUAUGGCAACAGAGAAGCUGGGUGGGGGGAGGUCCCGAGCAAAUUAGUCUCCUGAAGAAUCUCC